AGCACUGAGAAGAUGCCCUCCUGGUCCCUCUUGGUGGCUACCUUCUGCCUCCUCCUGGUCACCUCUUGCUUCCUCCUGGCCCCCCAAAACCUGGCACAAGUCACCAGCCAAGAUGCCUCCCUGCUGGUCUCGAACUCAGAGCCCCUGCACUGUUUCUCUCGGACAUUUGAGGACCUCACUUGCUUCUGGGAUGAGGAAGAGGCAGCACCCAAUGGAACAUAUCAGUUGCUGUAUGCCUACCCAGGAGAGAUGCCCCGAGCUUGCCCUCUAAGUUCCCAGAGUGUGCCCCCUUUUGGAGCCCGAUAUGUAUGCCAGUUCCCAGUCCAGGAUGAAGUGCGCCUCUUCUUCCCACUGCACCUCUGGGUGAAGAAUGCAUUCCUCAACCAGACUGUGAUGCAGCGGGUGCUUUUUGUGGACAGUGUGGGCCUGCCUGCUCCCCCCAGUGUCAUCAAGGCCAUGGGUGGGAGCCGGCCAGGGGAACUUCAGAUCAGCUGGGAGGCCCCAGCCCCCGAUAUCAGUGAUUUCCUGAGACAUGAACUCCGAUAUGGUCUCAAGGGUCCUGGAAACUUCACUGGUCCCACAGUUGUGCAGCUCCUGUCCACAGAAACCUGCUGCCCGGUUCUGCAGAAGCCAAACCAAAUUGCAGCUCUGGAUCAGCCUCCCUGUACUCAGCCCAUGAUGCCUCAACAGGAUGGAGCAGAGCAGACCGCCCCAACCAGAGAAGCUCUGCCAGUGAAGGGUGGAAGCUGCCUCCUCUCUGGACUUAAGCCUGGUAACUUUUACUGGCUGCAGAUACGUAGCCAACCAGAUGGUGUCUCUCUCCAUGGCUCCUGGGGGCCUUGGUCCCUCCCUGUGAGUGUGGGCCUGCCCCGGGAUGCAGAGGAGAUUGGACUUCAGUGCUUUACUCUGGACCUGAAGAAUGUCACCUGUCAGUGGCGGCAGCAAGACCAUGCUAGCUCCCAAGGCUUCUUCCACCACAGCAGAACAUGGUGCUGCAUCCGAGAGAGAGACCCUGUCUGGGAGAAAUGUGAAGAAGAGAAAACCAACCCAGAAUUACAGUCCUUCCAGUUCUCCCGCUGCAACUUCAAAUCACAAAAUGGCAGUGUUAUCCAUAUCCUCGUGAAAGCGACCACAGUCCAGGGUGCUGUUCACAGCUACCUGGGCUCACCUUUCUGGAUCCACCAAGCUGUGCUCAUCCCCACUCCCAACCUGUUCUGGAAGGAGGUCUCCAGUGGGCAGCUGGAGUUGAAGUGGCAGCAUCCCUCCUCUUGGGCAGCCCAAGAUACCUGUUAUCAGCUUCGAUAUACAGGAGAAAGCCAUCAGGACUGGAAGGUGCUGGAGCCGCCCCUUGGGGCUCAGGGAGAGACCCUGGAGCUGCGGCCUCGCUCUAGCUACCGUCUACAGCUGCGCGCCAGGCUUUACAGCCCCAGGUACCAGGGCCCCUGGAGCGCCUGGUCAGACCCAGUGAACGUGGAGACCGCCUCCGAAACAGCCUGGAUCUCCUUGGUGGCAGCUCUGUUCCUGGUGUUGAGUCUCAGCACCGUGCUGGGCCUGUUGCUGCUGAGGUGGCAGUUUCCUGCGCACUACAGGAGCCUGAGGCAUGCCCUGUGGCCCUCACUACCAGACCUGCACCGGGUUCUAGGCCAGUACCUUAGGGACACUGCAGCUCUGAGUCCGCCCAAGGCUUCCAUCUCAGAUGCCUAUGAAGAAGUGGAACCCAGCCUCCUGGAAAUUCUACCUAAGUCCACAGAGAAGAGCCCCUUGCCCCUGUGUUCUUCCCAAGCCAAGAUGGACUACAGAGGACUGCAGCCUUCUUGCCUGGAGACCAUGCCUCUGACUGUGUGCCCACUCACAGCUGAGUCUGGGUCCUACUGCACCACUCACAUAGCCAACCAUUCCUACUUACCACUAAGCUGCUGGCAGUCCCCUCACUCCCAGUACCCUGGACAGCUCUAAGUCCUUAGACCUCUCUUCUGAACCUUCCUACUCACCACCACCCACACACACCCAACAUAAAUAUCUCAGACCUCACUCCCCUCUCUUUAUAGCUAGACUUCAUAACACUGAUCUUUCAGUACUGCUUGCAUCUAGGAUGUCUCCUUAGGUUCAUUUGACUAAGUUCUUCUAACUUGUUCCUUCAUUCUCCUCUUUCACAUCAAAACUACAAAUCUCUACUUCUUAUUUGCUCUUAAACUACUUCAGUUAUUCCCCCUAGUACCACAUUGCUAGUGAAACUGCUCUGGCAAAGUUCAACUCAGAUCUCAUUGUAAAAGCUAGUGGGAUCUUGUUAACACUCAGGUUAGCUGCUCUCUGUGGAAUUUGUCAUGGCAACUGCUGAUUUCUCCUUGAAAUUUCUCAUCUAGCUCAACUUUCAUGAUCUCACUGUCUCUCCUGGAUCUACUCUUGCUGCUUUCUGUAUAUGAGUGAACAGCAUAUAUUCUGGAACUAGAGCUGGGUUCAAUUCCUGGAUUUCCAGACUUGGUGGGCAACAACUUAAAAAUCAUUGGGCCUUGGUUUUCUCAUCUAUAAAAUGGAAAUAAUGAGGGCUGUGUGGUAGCAUACCUGGUAGAGUACAUGUGUUACUAUGCACAAGGACAUGGAUUCAAGUCCCCAAUUCUCACUUACAAGGGGGAAGCUUCACAAGUAGUGAGGCAGCACUAUAGGUCUUUCUCUAUUUUUUCUUGAAAAAAAAAAAAAGCAACAAGAUUUUAUUGUCUUCAAAGUAAAUCCAAGAUGAAGUUAGAACUGGAUUACUUGGUCCUUUAUUUUCUUAUCUCCUCCAAGUUCAAAAUGCUUGCCUCUAUUAAUAGCUAGAUUUGUAGUUGGGUUCAACACAU